AUGCUUGAUUAUGCCACCUUCAGAAAGAUAGUCCAUAUACCUACCAAGGAUAAAGCCAGGCAAGCUAUGCAGCUUGUUCAAUCUGCAUUCGUAGGAUUCUUUGAUUUAGUACACAUUGUUGACAAUGAAGAAAGAAACUUGGCAGAAUUCUCAACAGCUGAGGGUGUGCUAAUUAGGGAUGAAGAAAGCAGAGAUAAAUUUAAAAUGUCAUCUUCUCUUGUAGAUGAGCUCAUUCAGCCAAGAGUCAUUCCUGAAUUAUUCAAGUCCACCCCAACAGUUGCAGACAUGAUGGAUUCCUUGAUAUUAUCAACAUUUUGA